CCGGCCGAGCCCCGCGAUGCCGCCGCCGAGUGGCCCCGGUGUCUUCGCGCGGCUGCUGCCGCUGCUGGGGCUGCUGCUCGGCGGCGCCUCCCGGGCUCCCGGCAAGUCUCCGCCGGAGCCCCCCAGCCCGCAGGAGAUCCUGAUCAAGGUUCAGGUCUAUGUGAGCGGCGAGCUGGUGCCCCUGGCCCGGGCCUCAGUAGACGUGUUUGGGAACCGUACUCUGCUGGCUGCUGGAACCACGGACUCCGAGGGCGUGGCCACCCUGCCCCUCAGUUACCGCCUGGGCACCUGGGUGUUGGUCACUGCCGCCCGCCCGGGUUUCCUCACCAACUCCGUGCCGUGGCGUGUGGACAAGCUCCCACUCUACGCCUCCGUCAGCCUCUACCUGCUCCCAGAGCGGCCUGCCACCCUCAUCCUCUAUGAGGACCUUGUGCACAUCCUCCUAGGCUCUCCAGGUGCCCGCUCCCAGCCCUGGGCGCAGUUCCAGCGCAGAGCCGCCCGCCUGCCCGUCAGCUCCACCUACAGCCAGCUCUGGGCCUCGCUCACGCCUGCCAGCACCCAGCAGGAAAUGCGGGCCUUCCCUGCCUUCCUGGGCACUGAGGCCUCCGGCUCAGGCAAUGGUUCCUGGCUGGAGCUGAUACCCUUGGCUGCUGUGAGUGUGCACCUGCUGACAGGCAAUGGGACAGAGGUGCCACUCUCGGGCCCCAUUCACCUGUCCCUGCCCGUGCCCUCAGAACCUCGGGCCCUUGCUGUGGGCACCAGCAUUCCAGCCUGGAGGUUUGACCCCAAGAGUGGGCUGUGGGUCCGCAAUGGCACUGGCGUGAUUAGGAAGGAAGGCCGACAGCUCUACUGGACUUUCGUCUCUCCACAGCUGGGGUACUGGGUAGCUGCCAUGGCCUCCCCUACAUCUGGGCUGGUUACCAUCACCUCAGGCAUCCAGGACAUCGGCACCUACCAUACAAUCUUCCUGUUGACCAUCCUGGCGGCCCUGGCCCUGCUGGUGCUCAUUCUGCUGUGUCUACUCAUCUAUUACUGCCGGAGACGCUGCUUGAAGCCAAGACAACAGCACCGCAAGCUGCAGCUCUCCGGCCCCUCGGACAACAAACGUGAUCAGGCUACGUCGAUGUCUCAACUCCAUCUCAUCUGCGGGGGACCCCUGGAGCCGACGUCGUCCGGAGACCCCGAGGCCCCGCCCCCGGGCUCCCUCCACUCGGCCUUCUCCAGCUCGCGCGACCUAGCAUCCUCCCGGGAUGACUUCUUCCGUGCCAAACCGCGCUCCGCCAGCCGGCCGGCCGCCGAGCCUCCCGGCGCCCGCAGCGGCGAGGGUGGUGGAGGGCUCAAGAGCGCCCGCUCCGUCGAGGGUCCCGCGGGGCUGGAGCCCAGCCUGGACGAAUACCGGCGGGGUCCGGCGGGGGCGGCCGCCUUCCUGCACGAGCCUCCCUCGCCGCCGCCGUCCUUCGACCACUACUUGGGCCACAAGGGGGCGGCCGAGAGCAAGACCCCCGACUUCCUGCUGUCGCAGUCCGUGGACCAGCUGGCGCGGCCGCCGUCCCUGAGCCAGCCGGGCCAGCUCAUCUUCUGCGGUUCCAUCGACCACCUCAAGGACACCGUGUACCGCAACGUCAUGCCCACCCUGGUGAUCCCCGCACACUACGUGCGCCUGGGCGGCGAGGCGGGGGCCGCGGGAGUGGGCGACGAGGCCACCCCGCCGGAGGGCCCGGCCGCCGGCGCCGCACGCCCCUUCCCUCAGCCCGACCCCCAGCGCCCUCUGCUGCAGGGCCACGCGGGGGCGGGCGGCGACGGCGGGGGCGGCGAGGGCUGGGGCGGCGGGCGCUCGGCCCCGGUCAGCGGCUCGGUCACCAUCCCGGUGCUGUUCAACGAGUCCACCAUGGCGCAGCUCAACGGCGAGCUGCAGGCGCUGACCGAGAAGAAGCUGCUGGAACUGGGCGUGAAGCCUCACCCGCGCGCCUGGUUCGUGUCCCUGGACGGCCGCUCCAACUCGCAAGUGCGCCACUCCUACAUCGACCUGCAGGCGGGCGGCGGGGGCCGCAGCACGGACGCCAGCCUGGACUCCGGCGUCGACGUGCACGAGGCCCGGCCCGCGCGCCGCCGGCCCCCGAGGGAGGAGCGGGAGCGCGCGCCGCCGCCCGCGCCGCCGCCGCCGCCCGCGCCCCCGCGCCUGGCGCUCAGCGAGGACACGGAGCCCAGCAGCAGCGAGAGCCGCACGGGCCUCUGCUCGCCCGAGGACAACUCGCUAACGCCCCUGCUGGACGAGGUGGUGGCGCCCGAGGGCCGGGCCGCCACGGUACCCCGGGGUCGGGGCCGCAGCCGUGGGGACAGUUCCCGCAGCAGCGCCAGCGAGCUGCGGCGCGACUCGCUCACCAGCCCGGAGGACGAGCUGGGGGCGGAGGUGGGCGACGAGGCCGGCGACAAGAAGAGCCCGUGGCAGCGGCGAGAGGAGCGGCCGCUGAUGGUGUUCAACGUCAAGUAGCGAGGCCCCGGGGGUGGGGGUGGGGUGGGGGUCUGCCGGCUGCCCCCCUCCCGCCCAGUGCGGGUUCCCGGAGCGCGCGUGCGCCCCGGGGAGCGCUGCGGCAGCGACGCGCGCGUGCGCCCUUAGCCGGUAGAAGGGCUCUGGGGCCUGCUGAGCUCAUCGGUGGUCUGUGCAGGGCGAGUGUCUUGGGAAGGGACCCAGGAUCGGCCUCCGAGCAGGGGGAGGUGGGAGGGGUCCAGCCCCCCACCCCCCCGUGGAAGGGGCUGGGGAGGAGGGCCGGGGUGGGGGAGCAGUGCCUGUAUACACAUGGAUCUAUUGCGGGAAGGGCAGAGGGGCGACCCGGCCUCAGCUGCUAGGGUGAGGGCUGGGAAGGGAGGGGCAGUCUCUGUGGAGCCGUGGGGAGGGGAGGGGUGCUGCUUGGAUGUCACAGGGCUGGUGGCUGGGGCGGUCCUGGGGGUAAUGUGAUGGUGACUCUGGACAACAAAAAAAUACAAAGCUGGUGAGGUUAA